AUGACUAGAAACUCCAAUCUCCCACCAAACUUCCUUAGCGACCACAUGGCCAAGUUCUCCGGCGAAGCCUACAUCGAGGGCUGGGCAGGAUUGUGGAACAACAAGGGCGAAGAUGAAAGACUGCCCUGGGAUCGGGGCUGCCACAGUGCCGCCCUGGAAGAUGUCCUGCAGGAGAAAAAGGAACUUGUGGGAGAGGCAUUUCUGACCGAAGUGCCGCAUAAGAGCAAUUGUCGUAAGCGAGCUUUGGUGCCGGGCUGUGGCACCGGCUAUGAUGUGCUGCUUCUUGCUAGCUUUGGUUAUGACACUUACGGUCUGGACUAUAGCCAUGUUGCUAUUGAAACGGCUAAAAAGGAGGCGGCGAAGAACGCAGAUCAAUAUGCCAUGAGAGACCCCGGCGUGGGUCGAGGAAAGGUUGUCUUUGUACAAGGGGAUUUCUUUAAAGAUGAGUGGCUAGAGAAACUGGGGCUGGGACAGAACUCCUUCGACUUGAUAUACGAUUACACGUUUUUCUGUGCUCUCCAACCCUACUUACGACCGGCAUGGGCUCUGAGGCACCGUCAGCUUCUUACACCUCCACCAGUAGGAAACCUGAUCUGUCUCGAGUGGCCAACAACUAAAGAUCCGACACUGCGAGGGCCGCCCUAUGCUGCGCCAUCACACGCGUACUUGGAGCAUCUAACCCAUCCUGGAGAGGAAACACGCUACCAGUGUGAUGGCAAGAUAGAGAUUGAUCCCUCGCGGAAGCCAAAUGAUAUGGCCCUCGAACGGGUGUUGCACUGGAAACCGGGGCGAACAUACGAAAUAGGCAAAGAUGGAAAGACGGGUGAGGUUCUCGACCGCCUCUCGAUAUGGCGCCGACGUAAUUGA